AUGACAAUAGCCACCGCAGCUAAUACUGCUACUGCCGCAACCAUCGCUGCCAAUAAUAAUAAUAAUAAUAAUAACCAUAAUAAUAAUAAUCCCAGUGCUAAUAUUAAUAAUAUUAAUAAUAACUCCUUGACAUUAAAAAACACUACAUAUUAUGAACUAAUAGAAAACAAAUUGCAAUUGUAUGAAUUGUUCAAUCUAAUAAAUACAGAUAAACAACAACAAAAGAACAAAGAAGAAGAAGAAGAACCACUAGUAGUAAGAAGUAAAAAAAUUAACGAACUGCUUAAAACAUUGAAAGACAAAUGA